AUGCGUAUUCACCAUAUCCUCUUACUGAGAACAAAACUCAAACACCUCACCUACAAACACAUAAUCCCCCUUAUCUGCUCGCUCUCUUACCUCAAUCCUCAGCCUCAGGUGUCCCAGCAGCAGCAGCCUUCUUCUCUACGGCGACAACAAGAUCCAUACUCCCUCCUAAAAGAAGAACCGAUUCAAGUCCUCUCAGACCUCUGGGUCAAAACGUUCUCCCAACGCCAACAACCAAAGCCCUUCACCAACCUCAUUGGUUUCCUCUCAAAAUUCGAUCUCUGGGUCCUCGCUUACCGGAGAACUUGCGCCCACGUAAGCGGCACAUUCCCACCUCGUAAUACUCUUCACUUGGAUGUUCUGUGCGACGUGUUGUCACUGAGAAACGCCGUGGUUCGUAACAAGUUUUCAUGGAACUGCAAGACGCAUCAGUUUAUUCGUGGCCCCAAUGAAAAACCCCUCACCAAGUUACUCUCAAGACGCCAACUGAACCCAAUUUUGACGUCCAAGAAUCCACCGUUUCAAGAUCGUGUUGUGCAGGAGGUACUCUUCAUGAUUCUGGAACCCGUUUUUGAUCCAUGGUUUUCAUCCAAAUCACAUGCUUUUAGGCCUGGGAGGAAUGCGCAUACGGUUAUUAGGACUCUUAGGAGUAACUUUGCAGGAUACUUGUGGUUUUUGAGGGGUGAUUUAAGUCCAAUUCUUGAUGAGGUUGAUGUGAAUGUGGUAAUGCGAUGCAUUGAAAAUGCUGUGAAAGAUAAGAAAGUUCUGAACUUGAUAAAAUCUGGGUUAAAAGGUGCUUUAAAUAACGGUUUAACUGAUGUUGAAUGUGAAGGGAAAAUGAAGAAGAGCAAGAGGAAAAAAGGGCGGACAAAGAAGAGAAUCUUGAGUGAGAAUGAGCCAAAGCCAGGCCUGUAUUGGUUGAGAACGUUUUUCAAUUUUGCUCCUGAGGAGGCUGCAAAGGUGCUGAACUAUGGAUAUUGCGGGAUACUUAGUCCUUUGAUGGCUAAUGUGUGUCUGAAUGAGCUUGAUCAAAUGAUGGAAGAGAAGAUAAUUGAGUUCUUUAAGCCCUGUGAACAAGAUUCCAUAUGGAAGUACUCGAUAGACGAUGGCUAUCAUAACCCUUAUUGGCCGGAGUUCGUUCCAUCUGGUGGGAAGGAGAAGACGAGGAAGAUGGAUUACGUUAGAUUUGGGGGUCAUUUUCUGAUUGGGAUUCGGGGAACUAGAGAUGAAGCAGUGGGAAUUAGGAAGGAUAUAAUUGAGUUUUGUGAAAACAAUUUUGGCAUAAGGCUAGACAAUUCCAAAUUUGAGAUUGAGCAUAUUACUAGGGGAAUUGAUUUUUUGGAUCACACACUGUGUCGUAGGAUCAUAUAUCCUACUCUUCGUUACACUGGGACAGGUGGAAAGAUAGUCAGUGAGAAAGGUGUAGGAACUCUGCUUUCAGUCACAGCUAGUUUACAGCAGUGCAUUCGUCAAUUUAGAAGGCUCGAAUUUGUGAAAGGUUGUAACGCCCCGAGGCAGAAGAAAAGGGAAAAAUGGCUGGUGAAUAGUAUUUUGUGA